AUGCUCAAUGCGCAUCUUCUCUACGACAGCAGUUCUGGUCGCUGGGUGCUUUCUGUCCACGGAAGCGUUUUGACGGGCUAUUUCGCAUCAGUUGUGACUCGAACUGCUGUCAUUGCUCAGAGAGAGAGUAAUAUCCAUUAUCUCUCGGAGCGAGUCGGAUGUAUGUCAUCUUCCCGUCCGGCUGGUGUGUCAAAGACGUUUCGCCGCCACACACAGCCACACCCUCUCCUCAAAGUCAUGCCUCCAACUGGAGCCCGGCAAUCGGCAUCGGUGUAUGAAGGCAGACCAACACGAGCGCAGAUGCCAACAGUGCAUACAAUAGCGUGA